AUGGAAUACAUUCGGCUGUCCUUUUGCACAUUUAUUUGUGUACAUCUUAGUAUAAUCUUCAAUACAACUAGUGCAGGGAUAUCAACAACACCACCACCACCAACAACAGUCUCCAGUAUGCGUACAACUACUGAAGCCACACCAACACCACCACCACCACCAACAACAACAACAGUCUCCAGUAUGCGUGCAACUACUGAAGCCGCACCAACACCACCACCACCAACAACAGUCUCCAGUGAGCUUACAAAUAGUGAAGCCACACAAUCACCAACAGUUGGAGACACCACACCAUUACUUGACACUGAUGGUAACGGAGGCAAAGGAUUAUCUGGUGGUGUUAAAGCUAUCAUUAUUGCUUUUUCAGUUGCAAUUCCUUGCAGCUUUAUAACAAUUGUGAUUGUGUUA